AUGAUCAUUAUACAAGUUUUGCCAUUGAUCUUGAUUGGACCACUGAUAUUUCAUGUCAUCAUAGCUAGUUACAUUUCUCCGAUAGCUGAAACACAACAGGGUGCUUAUAUUGGUCGUCAAGUAAUUGUAAAUGGUACGAGUGUCAACUAUUGGUACGGAAUACCUUAUGCACAACAACCAACUGGUGACCUUAGAUGGAAGCCUCCUCGUGCCCUUGGCCUGGCUAAUGACACUAGCGAGGCAUACAUUUCUAAUGCAUGUCCUCAGAAAGAUAGUUUAGGAGUGCUGCACACUGAAUCCUGCCUCACUUUAAAUGUUUAUACUCCUGUGAAUGCAAGUAAUGUGCCAGUAUAUGUUUGGAUUCAUGGAGGUAGUUUUAUCGCUGGAGCUGGUAUACUGUAUAAUGCCACUCCAUUUGUAAGUAUAGGCAUAAGAAAUUUGAUUCCUGUCGUUGUUGUUACGAUUAAUUAUCGACUCGGUCUCCUCGGUUUUUUGGCUGAUGAAGCAUUAUAUGAUGAGCGAUCUGGUAUCGAUAACAGAAGCACCACAGGAAACUAUGGUAUAUUGGAUCAGAUGAUAGCAUUAGACUGGAUAGAAAAAAAUAUUCAAGGUUUUGGUGGUGAUCCAAAGCAAAUAACUAUCGGUGGUGAAAGUGCUGGUGGUAUAAGUGUCACCGCUUUACUUACAUCACCAUUGGUUGUUAAUGGUACUUUUCAAAGAGCCAUUGUAGAGAGUGGUACCAUAUGGCCUAAUUACGCUAUCGCACUAGAAAAUGCAAUAGACAGUCGUGGCAAAGUUUUACGUGCGAUUGUAAAUUGUACUACAUUAGGUUGCCUACGAAAUCUAACAGUAGAUCAAAUACUCAUAGCUCAGGAUACUGUUGCAUCGAAAAGUAUAUCUGGAAUAGUGGCUUCGCCAGUGAUUGAUAAUUAUGUUUUGGAUGAUAUCAUGGAGAAUAGUUAUAUGAAAGGAAACUUUCAAAAAAUUCCCAUACUGGUUGGAUCCAAUGCAAAUGAGACCUCGCUAUUCACGUGUCCGCUUUUUAAUGGAACAGCCAACACUACACAAGUUGAAGCAUUCUUCAAAACAAUAUACAAUGAUAGUAUCAUCAAUGAUCUUGCGAAUACUUAUGGUUCUAUUUUCAGUUGCAACAAUCCAUUAACUUAUCUGAACAUAGUAUAUAGUGAUUCUUGGGCUCAUUGUGGAUCCAGACGUGUCGCCUCUCAUUUUGCUAGUCAUGGAUUACCUUCGUUUUUGUAUACGUAUGAUCAUGUUCUACCGGUUACACCAUCUUGCGUUGGCGUUUUUCAUGUUGCUGAACUUCUUAUGCUCUUUCCGUCUCUUCUUCACUAUAUGUAUCCAAAUUAUAAUUUUACUGACUCAGAGCAACAGCUAUCUACGAAUAUGAUUUUAUAUUGGAUUAAUUUUAUUCGUACUUCGAAUCCUAAUUCUAGUCGCAAUCUCACAGUCUGGGAUAGCUACCGUUCAUCAUGCGACAACGACUUUGUUCUUGACACUAAUCUACGAAUGAGAAAUUAUUAUUAUAAUUUUACUUGUUCGAAUCUAUGGGAUCGAUAUGCUGUCACAAACAAAUCUAGUAUAACACUUUUUGAUUAUUGA